CUCUCCUGUUCAGUCUUCGCCGGUUCAGGAUCGAACCGGUCACGUCUUCGCGGAGCGCCCUUGAAACGAAGCUACGAGGAUUCCUUGUGUGGUGGACUUGUCCCAGGAUGACUGCGCUGACUGCGGGAACAGGCAUGGAAAGACUGGCAGGUCCUCAGUGACUGCAGCCAGACAGCCUGCCCUCCCCUCCGUAACCUUUGAAGUGAGGCCAGGGUGUGAAGUAUUUUCCAACCAAGUAAACUCUUCAAACACCUUCAGAGCCCCCUGACACACACUUGUGUUCUCGCUGCCAAGGAUGCAGAAAGCAAGCUGCCCCUGGACACAAGUGAAAAGCAGAAUAGUAACAAGCCAGAGAAGAUAACCAGAUCUGCUUUAUUCAUUAAGAGCUCCCACUGCAUCACAGGACACAAACAUGGGGAACCAGCUAACAGGCACGGCCCCUAACAGCCCAUUCCUCCCCAACUUUCAGUCACUGCAUGUGGUUGUGAUUGGUUUGGACUCUGCAGGGAAGACCUCCCUGCUCUACAGACUCAAGCUGAGGGAGUUUGUUGAGACCAGCCCCACCAAGGGAUUCAACAUGGAAAGGAUUAAAGUGCAAAUCGGACACUCCAAAGCCAACACCACCACUUUCCAAGUGUGGGACGUUGGUGGUCAGGAAAAGCUGAGGCCCCUCUGGAAGUCGUACACUCGGAGGAUGGACGGGCUGGUGUUCGUGGUGGACGCAGCGGAGAUGGAGCGCAUGGAGGAGGCCAAGGUGGAGCUCCACCGGAUCACCCGGUCAGCUGAAAACCAGGGGAUUCCUGUGCUGGUUCUGGCAAACAAACAAGACCUGGAUGGAGCGCUGUCGUCUACAGAGGUGGAAAAGGUGCUGGGCCUCCACGAGCUGAGCUCCUCCACCCUGCACCACACGGAGGGCUGCUCAGCACUGAAUGGUCAGGGUCUGCAGCCCGGCCUGGAGAAACUCUAUGAGAUGAUCGUGAAGAGAAAGAAGAUGCUCCGACAAAGCAAGAAGAAAAGAUGAUGGAAAUAAAGGGGUGCAGGUCAAUUUGUGAGCACUUGUGUCUGUGACACUUGGGGAACUUGGUGAAUGGGGAAUACCAGAAAGAAGCUGGUCAGGCCUGUAGAUCAGGUGGAGUGUUUCCAACCAAGUGUAGACUCUGUUCCUGGAGACAUUUGGACCUUUGAGACUGCUUCUCAUUGUCUUUAACUCUCAGAGGACCACAGAGCUCUGCAGAGGGAGUGACCGCGCUGCUGACAAACACUCACUGAAGCACACACUGUAACGUUGAAGGAUGUUCAGUUACUGGUGCAGACAGCCUGUGUUACACCCGAUCACCUAAAUCUUCACCCUGCCUCAGACUGAGCAACACUUCUGUGCACCUACAGAAACUUCCUGUGUAUGAAUCUGCCCGAGCUUAUCACUGUCACUCUCACUGGGCUUUGCUCCUCACAGUUGGAUGUUUCAGGGUUGUUAAGUUCAGACAAGUUGUUUUUUACAAUGGCUUCAUACUGUUUUGUAAGAUAUGAAUAAAUUGAGCAGCGUUAGCAUUGUUUCCCUGAGAACAUUGUUUUAUUCAUCGUGCCCUGGGAGCCUGUCCCAGCUGCCACAGAAGCGGGGUACACCUGGACGGGUCACCAGCCUGUUGCAGGGGUUAGAGACAGACACACCUGUGGAUCACCAGUUCACCCAACCCCACUAACCUCAGUCUCAGAGGAAGCUAGAGUAUCCAUGCAGACGCGGGAGUCUGCUGAUGUUGUUAGCCUAACCCUAACACAUGUCUGCAUCUCCUCAGUGAAUAUUAAGAUAUUUAUUUAAUGCCAUAUUAAUUUAAUUAUGUUCUUUUUUUUGUCUUGCAAUUAUUUAAAUCAGGCUCAUGGUUUGCUGAAGUCUUUCUCAGCUGUCACACCCUGUACAGGUCCAUAUGUAUAAACCUAAUUCUCCUAAAGUUGUUGUUAAAAUGAGUUGCACACAGCGCAGGUGUGGUGCCAUUUUUGAGCUUUACAAUACUACAGAUUAAACACACGUGUGAUUUGGUGCUCUAUAAAUAAAGCUGAGUUGAACUGAAUCCUAAUAAAACUUGUGC